GAUAAUGUUACGGAUACCAUUCCGGAAACAUCAAACAAUUGGAAGGAAUUUAACAUGAAGAGAAUAAUGAAUAGGAAAGCGAAGUAUAGAUUUUUGAAUGCAAAACUAAAGAAACAUAGACGAUUGUUAGUCAGGAAGAAGCCGAUAGAGCUUGCUGCUCUUUUGAAUGGCUUGGAAGAGGAGAGAGGCGGAGAUUCUUUUUUAAAAGAGGAGUAUAAGUGUGUGAGUUGUGUGGCGACGUGGCGUGAUGAAGAUGGGUUGGCUAAACAUCAGAGGAAGUAUCAUGACGAGGCAAUAGGACCAUACCAAUGCAAAAUAUGCAAGACCCGCUGCCCGUCCCAGGACAAGCUUGAAGCACACCAGACCAAGCACUAUUACCGGAGGGAAUGCAAGGUGUGCCGGCUGCAGUGUUGCUCGCAGCCCGGCAUGGACCGGCAUCUCGAGCAGCACGACCGCAUGGUGCAGUGUUUAGCCUGCGAGCUGUGUUUCAAGAACGUGCGGUUGUUCUACAACCACUACAAGGAGCUGCACGCGCGGUUUGUGUGCGACGAGUGCGGCAAGCGGUGCAAGUCGCGCGACAUCAUUGAGAAACACCUUAGGUACCAUUUCGGCUACGAAUGCCCGUACUGUAAAAAGAAGCUAAAGAACUCCACGUCAUAUAAGAACCACGUGGACGCGCAGCACUUAUCUUCCGUCUCGGACAGCUCGUACUGCGUGCAGUGCGACAGGAGAUUCACGAGCGACCGCAUGUACAAGCGGCACCUGCAGAGCAGCGCGGCGCACGCGGCAGAGCGGGACAACACUAGAGCCAAGCGAAAGUACCCCUGCCCCGAGUGUGACAACGUGUAUUCGCGGCGCACGUACAUGAACAAUCACUACCGGCACGUGCACGCUAAGCAGAGCAAGUACUACUGCGAGGACUGCGACCGGCAUUUCCUGAAUCGGACGCGGUACCUGGACCACAGACGGUUCCAGCACGAGGGCGCGAAGAGAGACAAGGACAAACUGUGCAAUAUAUGCGGCCGAGGGUUUGCGGCAAACAGGACGCUAGUGAAUCACAUCCGAACGCACUCCGGAGAGCGGCCGUUCCCGUGCGAGUACUGCGGCGCCAAGUUCACGCAGAAACACGCCAUGCUGUCGCACGUCAAGUAUAUACACAUGAAGAGCAAGCGGAAAGCUAGCUGGCACGAGUAGACGUGUACCCGGGUACCCGUGUCCGGCAGAUGGCUGCAGGUUGACGCGCCAUGCUGUCGCACGUCAAGUAUAUACACAUGAAGAGCAAGCGGAAAGCUAGCUGGCGCGAGUAUCCACGUAUACCCGGGUACCCGUGUCCGGCAGAUGGCUGCAGGUUGACGCGCCAUGCUGUCGCACGUCAAGUAUAUACACAUGAAGAGCAAGCGGAAAGCUAGCUGGCACGAGUAGAC